UAAAUUUAAGAUUUUGUUUUUUCAGUAACACUUAAUAACGAUGUCAAUUAAUAAUAUAGAUACUGUAAACAGUAAGGAUCAAUUAUCUAAACUAUAAGUGUAGUUUAAGAAAUCUAUCCUUUUUUUUUUUUUAAUUAAUUAGUGCUGUACUCUGUAACACCUACCACUUCCAGUGUUCUAUGUAAAGAAAAAAGAAUGCAGUCUGCAACCUACUCCUCCCGUCUUCCUUUUUCCUCUUCAACUUCAACCCCCCUCUAAACUCCAAAGAGCUGUGAUGGAAAUGUCAUCUUCCAGCGAUCUCCAGAUACUGCCUCCUCAUGUGGCCCUCCUCCCAAGCUCUGGGAUGGGUCACCUGGUACCUUUCGUCCGCCUUGCCGCUGCCCUUGCCCGCCGCAACUGCCUAGUCACCUUCAUCACCACCCACCCAACUGUGUCUCUCUCCGAAUCACGACUUGUUUCUCGUCUGCUCUCCGCCUUUCCUCACGUCACUCCCCUAGAGUUUCAUCUCCUCCCCUUGGAUCAUUCCACCGCCAACUCCAAGGACCCUUUCUUCCUCCAAUUCGAAGCCAUUCGCCGAUCUGCUCACCUCCUCUCUCCCCUCCUCUCUUCCUGUUCUGAUCCGCCUCUCUCUGCUCUUAUCACAGACGUAAGCUUAGCCUCUGCAUUCAUCUCCAUCACGGACGAGCUUCGUCUCCCUAACUACAUUCUCUUCACAUCAUCUGCCUGGAUGCUAUCACUCUGCCUCAACUUCCCCACCUUUGUCGUCAACACUAGUACUAAUCUCAGUGGCGGAUCCGCUACGGCUAGUGAUGACAUUGAAAUUCCCGGGGUUCCACCCGUACCCAAGUCAUGGCUUCCACCACUGCUUCUGGAUCUGAGUAAUCUCUUCACGACCCAAUUCAUGGCCAACGGCCAAGAACUCAUAAAAUCAAACGGAAUUUUGAUCAAUACAUUCGGCAAUGCAGAGCAGGCGACAGUGGCAGCGCUUAACGAAGGUAAAGUGGUGAAUGGGUUACCCCCAGUGACCAAGAUCGGCCCUUUGGCACCAUGCGAGUUCGAGAAGGGUUCAUCGGUGGAAUGGCUUGAUGGACAACCAGCUGGGUCAGUGCUGUAUGUUAGCUUCGGGAGUAGGACGGCCAUGUCGAGAGAACAAAUUAGAGAGCUGGGCGAUGGGCUAGUGAGGAGCGGGUGCAGGUUUCUGUGGGUGGUGAAGGACAAGAAAGUAGACAGGGAGGAUGAGGAGGAGUUGGGUGGGAUUGUGGGUCAGGAGCUCAUGGAAAGGAUGAAGGAUAAUGGGUUGGUAGUGAAGAAUUGGGUUGACCAAGGGGUGGUACUAGCUCACCCGGCUGUCGGUGGGUUCCUGAGUCACUGUGGGUGGAACUCGGUGACUGAGGCUGCAUGGAACGGUGUGCCGGUUUUGGCAUGGCCACAACAUGGGGAUCAGAGCAUUAAUGCCCAAGUGAUGGAGAAGAGUGGAAUAGGAAUGUGGGUUAAGAGCUGGGGUUGGGGAAGGACAGAGGUGGUGAAGGGGGAAGAGAUAGGGCAGAAGAUUGGGGAAAUGAUGGGGAAUGACCGUCUGAAAGCCCAAGCGGCGAAUAUUAGAGAGGAAUCUAGGAGGGCUGUUGAAGUUGGUGGAGGUUCUUACAAGGAGUUGGAGGGAAUAAUUGAGAAGUGGAAGAUUAGCAGAAUCUAAUGAAUUUCUGUUGCUUGUUUUAUUUAAGUACUGUGUAAUGAACCCAGUGGUUGUUUGUUUUAUCGUUCUUUGUUUUUCACUUUCCUGUUGAAUUUGGUUCAGCAUAUUAUGAUUUA